AUGGGCUGUCGGUUGGUGCCAGUGAUUGCCUUCUGUCCAAAUACCACAGAAGUACACAUUUAUAAGUUUUUCACAGACAAGUGGGAGAAACUUCAUGUUCUUGCAAAGCAUGAUCAGAUAGUGUCUGGAAUAGACUGGAGUAGAUCUUCCAACAAAAUUGUGACUGUUUCACAUGAUAGAAAUUCAUAUGUUUGGACACAAGAAGGACAAGAUUGGGUACCUACGCUUGUUAUUCUCAAGCUAAACCGUGCAGCUCUAUGUGUCCAGUGGAGUCCAAAAGAAAAUAAGUUUGCUGUGGGAAGUGGUGCUAAGUCUGUAUCCAUUUGCUACUAUGAACAAGAGAAUAACUGGUGGAUUAGCAAGGUUAUUAGGAAGAAGCAUGAAUCUUCUGUUACUAGUAUCGCGUGGCAUCCAAACAAUAUACAUCUUGCAACAACUUCUACUGAUGGUAAAUGCAGAGUGUUCUCCACUAUCAUCAAGGGUGUAGAUACAAGGGGACCACACGCAGGUGCCUCAGUGGAUUGGAAAUUCGGAGAGUUGCUAGUCGUGCUUGUAACAUUUUCUCCUAUUUGGAUGCAGCAAAUUGCUCAACUUGAUCUAUCACCUACAUGGGCAUUUGGUGUAAGGUGGUCGCCAAGUGGAAAAACAUUGGCCUAUGCAGGGCACAGUUCCAUGAUUUAUUUCGUUGAUGACGUUGAAGGGUCUCCUGCUGUGCAAAAUUUGGCACUGCGUGAUCUGCCUCUCCGUGAUAUUCUUUUUGUUUCUGAAAAGAUGGCGAUUGGUGUUGGAUUUGACUGCAAUCCUUUGAUCUUUGCUGCAGAUGAGACUGGACUUUGGAGUUUUGUCAGAUAUUUGGAUGAAAGGAAAGUUACUCCAUCAACUUCAAAAGCCUCGCAGCUCUCAGAGGCCCUUGGAAAGUUGUACGGCCAAUCGAGGCAAGGGUCGAGCAGCGACACUGUCGAACCAUCGAAGCCUCGAGGCGGCGCUCAUGAGAACUGCAUAACUUGCAUCGUGCCGUUGAGAAAAGGGAGCGAGAGUAUUGUCAAACGGUUCAGCACAUCAGGGCUGGACGGCAAGAUUGUGGUAUGGGAUCUGGAAAAUCACAUCACCAUUCCAAAAUAG